AAAUGCUUGCAAUCUCUAGCUGGACUGGCCAGGUACCCAGGAGACCAACGCUUCCGCCUGGGGCAAAGGUCUCGCAGCUCAUGGCCCUCGGGUCCAGAAGAGAUCCUGGCAGCGUCGUGUGGAUGCUCGCCAAGACUGACGCUGAGAUGAAUUGCCGCCACCGCCCCAUAUCGAGCUGAUGAUGUCUAUGCCAUACAUCCGAACUGCUUUCAAGAGGCCCACCGUGAGAGUACGACCGACAUCAUCUGAAAUGUACUCGCGGAGCAAUCGAACAGCAACAGGGGCUCUGGAUGGACGAGGACUGGUAGCUGUGAUUAAGAGGCAGGUUCCUCUUGCCGGCCAGUUGGACCACGAGCUCUCCUGGGGACAGGGGUGGGGCUGGGUCACUUUACCUAAUGGUGUUUGGAGUGGACGUCUCACCUGGUCUCAGCAAGGCGAAGACUUCGCUCUCCACGCGAUGCCAAUCAUGCACCACUCCAACGUUUCCCAAGCCUGCUCCAUGCUCGACGGCGUCACGGCAUAUGAAGCUGCUGCGUACGAACAGGCACUUGCUGAGUAUGACGAUACUGGAACUACUGAUGAUUGGGACUUCGGAGUUGAUUGUGGAGAUUUCAUGAUGUAAAUUUGUUUGUUUCGU